AUGGAGGGCAAAACUAUUUUGGUCGCUGUUCUCCUAGCGACACUUGGGAUAGCAGUUGGUGUUGCAGGUUUCGCCGCUGAAGCCAAGAGAGCUAAGACAUAUGAACUUCGAAUGCACAUAAACUAUGGUCUCAGACCUUUUUGCGACUACCCGAGUAGCCCAGCCGUGGGUCUAGCCAUAGCAGGGGCCAUAGCUCUUGUGCUAGCUCGUAUCAUAAUCACAGUAACCACUGACGGCUGUUGUUCGUGUUACCAACGGACCCCUAACGAGCCCAUAUGCGCCCAAUUCUUCCUUAUUAUAUCAUGGAUAACGUCUUCUAUAGCGCUUAUUUUAUUUAUUGCGGGUGCAAAGUUAAUCAGUCAAAAUACCGCGAAGGGAAGCAUCAAUGAUGGCUAUCAUUGUUACAUUUUAAACCCUGGGGUCUUCUCUGCAGCCGGUAUUGUGGGCGUCGUGAGCGUGCUUUUCAGUCUCGUCUAUUACAUUUUAUACGUCUUCGAUCAGCAUCGUGCAGCCAAGAAAUCAGAGGUAGAUCUAGAACUCGAGAAACCACCAGUCACCGAUGUCAAGAAACCAACAAUCAGUGAUGGCAUGAAGCCACAGGUGCCGUCGCAGAAACAUUGAAUAACCAGUAGUUACCGCCUCUUGGAUUCGUCGCUAUUGCUUAUGUAUCUUCUAUAUUUUUAUCUUUUGAUCAUCUGUUUUUUAAAUUGGAGAUUUGAAUUCUUUAUUA